AUGGUUUGUCAGUCUUCCUUCAGUCUUCUCCGAAAUUGCAAGGAACCAUGGUUUGUCAGUUUUCCUUCAGUCUUCUUUGAAAUUGCAAGGAAUCUUAAAUUGCAAGGAACCAUGGUUUUGUCAGUCUUCCUUCAGUAUCUUCUCCGAAAUUGCAAGGAACCAUGUCUUCCUUCAGUCUUCUCCAAAAUUGCAAGGAACCAUGGUUUGUCAGUUUUCCUUCAGUCUUCUUUGAAAUUGCAAGGAAUCUUAAAUUGCAAGGAACCAUGGAAUCUUAAAUUGCAAGGAACCAUGGUUUGUCAGUCUUCCUUCAGUCUUCUCCGAAAUUGCAAGGAACCAUGGUUUGUCAGUUUUCCUUCAGUCUUCUUUGAAAUUGCAAGGAAUCUUAAAUUGCAAGGAACCAUGGUUUGUCAGUCUUCCUUCAGUAUCUUCUCCGAAAUUGCAAGGAACCAUGGUUUGUCAGUUUUCCUUCAGUCUUCUUUGAAAUUGCAAGGAAUCUUAAAUUGCAAGGAACCAUGGUUUGUCAGUCUUCCUUCAGUCUUCUCCGAAAUUGCAAGGAACCAUGGUUUGUCAGUUUUCCUUCAGUCUUCUUUGAAAUUGCAAGGAAUCUUAAAUUGCAAGGAACCAUGGUUUGUCAGUCUUCCUUCAGUAUCUUCUCCGAAAUUGCAAGGAACCAUGGUUUGUCAGUUUUCCUUCAGUCUUCUUUGA